AUGAACAAGCUGUUUGUAUUAUUCGUAAUCGCUCUCUUCACAAAUGGCGCAUUUGCGCAACAAGAAGAAAAUAAAAAUAACACCGGCAAUUUAGACGACAGGUACGGCUUUGACGGACCAUCAGGGUUCCCGGGUAAUUGGAAUCAGAAUCAAUUUCCUGGUCAAAAUCAAUUCCCCAAACAGAACCAGUUUCCCGGUCAAAAUCAAUUCCCUGGACAGAACCAGUUUCCUGGUCAGAAUCCAUUCCCGGGCCAGAAUCAGUUACCAGGACAGAAUCAGUUUCCUGGUCAGAAUCCAUUCCCGGGCCAGAAUCAGUUACCAGGCCAGAAUCAGUUUCCUGGUCAGAAUCAAUUUCCGGGACAAAACCAGCUCCCUGGACAACAACCUACAAAUACUACCCCAACUGGUGGAAGUUCAGCCACUACAACUAUGUCUCCUGAGGUCCAGCAGUGCAUAGCCAGCUGUCCAGGAACACCAGAAUACAACCCAGUCUGCGGUACCAACAACCAAACAUAUGAUAACGCCGGAAAACUUGCGUGCGCUCAAUACUGUGGCGUUAAUGUGUCUUUACUGAGGACGUCUCGCUGUCCAGCGCCAGUGGUACAAUGA